AUGACACAAUGCGUGCACUUCGUUCUGUACCUUCUUACCAUACGCGCGUGUCUAGCGGCACCGUCAGCUAACAGUAUACGGAAAAGAAUCGUUCUCGAAGACCGUUACCAUUACAUCAUCGUCGGAAGUGACCACGUGGCGCAAAGCAUUGGCUUGUACCUGGCUAGCAGUUGCAAAUCUAAAACGAUCCUAGUGCUACAAUCUAAUCAAUGUGAUCAGAUUCUCGAACCAGCUCACGCUCCAAAUGGGCUGGGAUUGCAAAUUUCCAAUACGGUCGCCGAAUGCGCUCAUCGAAUGGGAUACAAGUUUACGGAUCCACUUCGCCAUGGACAACGGGUCGGCAUUUGUUUCAAGAACCGGACCCGUGGUUUGGAUACUACGGGACAGCACACACUGUGGGCCGUCGAUCCCAAUCUGCAACUGUUGAGCGGGGCGGCAGUUGCUCGUCUAUUGUAUAAUCAUGCUUCGUCUUCGGUGUUGGGUGUCGAGCUGGAGCUGGAUGGCUCGAAGCAGUGCAUUUUUGCCGAGGAAGAAGUGCUUAUCGCCGGUAGAUGUAUGAAUGAUUACAAACACUUGAGCAGAGGGUCGAUAGUACCCGAAGGGCCUUUGGAGAAUUGUUUGCGAGAGCUGUCGUUGGAUGUUAGCUUGGGUAGUCCAGUUAUGGUGCCAAUUUUUCACACGAAAGUAAACGUGACUCUGAAGCAAAGCCCAAUGUUGCUUGGAACGGAACUAUACUUGAGAACACCGGAAUGCGAAGAGGCAGACGGUGCGAAGCCAAACGCAAGGCUGCGGAUGGUCAUGGGAAACGCCAAUAUGGAUCAUCACGUUUGGGUUGGAUUUGUUCCGUCGCUUAUUUGGGACGAUCCCAACUACAAUCCGGACCACGAGGAAACGGUUAGGAUGUUGGCUUAUGUUUUGAAAACAGCCAGUGCCGUUACGGAGAGUGAGGCUUUCAAACAUUUGAAUCUUACGGCGCUUGAUUAUCGGAUUCCCGAGUGUAUGAAGUACGUGGGCAGUGGGCAGUAUUGGACUUGUUUCCUGGAUGUCAAGCUGAAGCGGUUCCACUCGUUGACAACCACCGGAAGUCACAAAAUAAGUUUGUUGGAUAGAGAGUUUCGACUGAAAGGAGUGAAAUCUUUGCGAGUUCUGCCGUUUGGACUGACGGCACCAUUUCUGGAUCGUCAAUGGAGAAAUGUUUUCCCUAUGGCGGGGGAGAAAUCGCAUAAUUUCGUCAACAUUGCCGACCGACUAUCGCCGAUGAUGCGGUACAAUGCCUAA